AUGCUCAGCGGAAGAAAAGGCUGGGAGGAGGAAUCAACGAUCAAAGCUCCAUGGGAGGAUGUUAUGCGUUCCGUACAGAACAAGUAUCCCAAUCCUCACAAUAAUAAUGUUUUGAACAUCGAUGUCGUGAAUCGUUCUGUUGAUCAACAGUCCGGUGUGAUGCGCAGCUUAAGAUUGUUCAAUUCCUCCUGGCCGAUGUUUCCCAAUCUUGGACAGCUUAAAGCUCUUGAAUGGAGUGCCAUUGAUGGAAGACGAAAGAAAAUGGUCGCUGUCACACACAAUAUGGAUCUCCGUGGUGUACUGAAGGCGGUGGAACACGUGGAGUAUUCAGUGCAUCCUGAAAAUGACCACUGGACUCUUCUACGGCAUUCUAUCUCCGUUGAGGCCUUCCCCCUGAUUGCUCUGACAGCUUCCUCCGCUAGUCGUCAGGCCGCAAUCCAGGUAAAACUAUUCUCCGAUUGCUAUCAUCAUCAGUGA